UCUCUGGUUAGGUUUCCCACUGCAGUGUUAUCCUCUAGUCGUGACUGUACCAUUUCAUUGUAUUCAUAAACCCUUUGUUGCUCUUUGUGGAAUAUCGUCGGACCUAUGGCGUCUCAAUCCGCCAAUUUAUGGGUCCUUUUGGGAUUGGGCUUGGCUGGAAUCCUGCUAAUGACGAGGAAGUUCAAGAAGGUCAUUAAAGAGGACUUUGGCGCUUUUGUCGAGAAGUUUCUUCUUGUUCCUCCACCGCAGCCUGCUCCCCCUAAAGCCCCUCACCCACUCACUGGCCUCACUUUCGCCGUUUCUGAUGUAUUUGACAUAGAUGGAUAUGUCACCUCGUUUGGCCAUCCAGACUGGGCAAGGGCGCAUGGACCUGCUUCUCAGACAUCUGCUGCAGUUUCUUCUCUUCUUGAAGGAGGUGCAACCUGCAUUGGGAGAACUGUAGUAGAUGAACUAGCAUUUGGUAUAAGUGGUGAAAACAAGCAUUUUGGAACACCAACCAAUCCUGCUGUACAUGCCCGAGUACCAGGUGGCUCCUCUGGUGGUGCUGCUGUGGCUGUUGCUGCUGGUUUGGUUGAUUUUUCUCUAGGUAUUGAUACUGUUGGAGGGGUAAGGGUACCAGCUGGAUUUUGUGGUGUUCUAGGGUUUCGACCUUCUUAUGGGGCUGUUUCUCACAUGGGGCUUAUUCCUGUUUCAACAAGCCUGGACACUGUUGGUUGGUUUGCAAAGGAUCCUAAAGUUUUGAACCGUGUUGGCCAUAUACUACUGCCAGCAUCAUAUGUUGUUCCUCGCAAUCCUCGACAAAUAAUAAUAGCAGAUGAUUGUUUUCAACAUAUAAAUGUUCCUCUGGAAAAGAGUUCUCAGGUGGUGAUUAGAUCCACGGAGAAACUUUUUGGAAGGCAAGUACUAAAGCAGAUGAAUCUUGCGGACUAUUUAAGCUCUACAGUUCCCAGCUUGAAAGCAGUAGCCAGCCAGCAUGUAAAUGGUAGACUGAAAGAUUCUUCACUGAAACUACUUGCCAAUGUUAUGCAGUUUCUUCAGAGACAUGAAUUUAGACUUAAGCAUGAGGAGUGGAUGAACACAGAAAAGCCUACUUUACAUCCUUCUAUUUCAGCUCAAUUGCAAGAUAAGCUUGAGGUAUCAGAUGAAGAUGUUGAAAACUGGAAAUCUGUCAGAAAUGAGAUGCGUAUUGCUGUCAAUUCUCUUCUGAAGGAUGAAGGAGUUUUGGUGAUCCCUACAGUAGCUGAUUUUCCUCCAAAAUUGGGUGGGAAGGAAAUCCUGUCAGAGGAAUAUCAAAGUCGGGCAUUUAGCUUGUUAAGCAUUGCUAGCAUAUCAGGUUGUUGUCAGGUCUCCAUACCACUAGGAAUUCAUGACAAAUGUCCUCUUUCAGUGUCCUUGAUAGCUCGACAUGGUGGUGAUCGCUUUUUGUUGGAUACAGUACAGGCCAUUUACACAACACUCCAAGAGCAGGCAGAGGCUGCUGCCAAAACUAAACCAUCCAGUAAUGUUGUCAGUCAGGAAAAAUCUGCAGAAAUUGCCAAGGAGAAGGGAAAUCAAGCAUUCAAAGAUAAGCAGUGGCAGAGAGCCGUUGGGUUCUAUACAGAAGCUAUCAAACUCAAUGGGAAUAAUGCAACAUAUUACAGUAACAGGGCCGCAGCAUAUCUUGAACUUGGGAGUUUCAUUCAAGCUGAGGCAGAUUGUACAAAAGCAAUAAAUCUUGACAAAAAGAAUGUGAAAGCCUAUUUCCGAAGAGGUACGGCAAGAGAGAUGCUAGGCUACUAUAAGGAGGCAACUGAUGAUUUUAAAUAUGUUCUCGUACUUGAGCCAACAAACAAAAGGGCAGCUUCCUCUCUUGAAAAGUUGAAGGUGCUAUUCUAGAAGCACCUACUUUUGAACGAAGGACUGAGGGCUCAGUAGAACGGUUUUUAUCCAGCGAACUCCCUACAUUGGUAAAUCCAGGUGACGUGUUUAGACUGUUGAGGUAAUCGAAUUGCGUUUCGAGUUUUAGUCACAGAGGAGUAAUGUAAAAUGUGGUUUCUGCAGAAGAAAAGGAAUAGAUAUGAUUUUUUUUUGUCCCUUGUGGCAAGACAAUUUUAAGAGACAUGGAAAGCAUCAAUGCUUCAUUCUCAGCGUUAGUUUGAGGUUCUGUGACACAAGUAAUCCCUGUUUGUCAGAAGGAGGUCCAAUUUUGUUUCUUAGGAUAGAUUCGGAUUGUAGUAUAGCGGUGAAGUGAGGCUUAGUGCUCCUUGGUAUACAAUUAUGCAAUAUUCUUGCAAUAAUCUGCUCUGAUCUGUGCUCAGUUUUGCCCUAUCGAAGUGCUUCACAUAUUGGUUU